AGCACGAUCGCUCAAAGUUUUUGAUCUACAAAGCUUUGGGGCAUGUACGGGCACAUCCACAUCAUUCUAAAGGAUCUCAUCCUCACGGCCUUUGGAGAAAAGACAUGGAAGGCCAUUCUGCAACGGUCCGGGUGUAAUGAAGAGUUGGUCUUGAACGUGGUGGCUCACCCAGAUUCGGUGACCCUUGCGCUGGUGGGUGCCACCUGCGAGGAAACAAAAUUAAGCGCAGAGCAGGCGCUUGAGGCCUUUGGCCGGCACUUCGUCCUGUUCGUGCUACGGAGCGGCAAUGCUCGCUUCCUGAAGGCUCAGGGUAGCACGCUGCCAACGUUUCUGGCCAAUGUGAACAGCUUGCACAACCAGCUGGAGCGCGAUCACCCAAAUGCUAUGUUUCCGUACAUGGAGGUGAAUUAUGACGGCACUAGCAAUUUUCUUGACUUGCACUACCUGUCCACACGGGCGAACCUUUCAAGCGUAGUGGCUGGGGUUGUCAAGGAAGCUGGUCGUUUGCUCUUCGGGCUAGAUGUCAGCAUGGCAUCACAGCCAACCGUUCGGUAUUUCCGCAAGGAUGCAGAAGAGUCUCGAGCAGUUUCGUGGAGAGUUUCAUGGACAACGCUCGAUGAACCCCCACCGCUACCAAUGGUGCCUAAGCCGAAAAGGAUGUCCGUUGCUGCCCUUCACUGGGCCAUGAUCGACUUCUCCAGCCUCAUUCAGCAAAUAGCCUGUAUACCCCAGUGCAAUCCAGGUUUGGAUGCGCUGGAUUCAGAAGCAUCGAGGAAAUACGACCAGGUGCUUCGGCAAGUAUGUUCAGUUGAUAUCCUGUUGAGGGCUGUGCCAGCCAAAUGUGUGGCGGCCGCAUGGUGCGAUCCGCAUUUGGAGAGCUGCAUUGAAUUUUGGGAGACUUCUCAAGGAAGCUCCAAACAUUACGAGGUCUCACAGGACGCGUCGUUUGUAGACGUGUUCGUGAGUCACAGUUGGUCAGCGCCAGAUGACUGGAGUGACAAGAUGGGCCCUGAUGUGGACUACGCCGAAGUGAAAGCGACUACUCUUGCUGUGAUGGCCAAGGAUUAUGCUCAGUCGUUUCGGAGCUUGAGCGAAUGGACGGACGCAACCUUUUGGGUUGACAAGGCUUGUAUUGCUCAGGAUCACCCUGAGUUGAAGGCCCUGAGCAUUAAAUUGCUGGAACAGUUCAUCCAAAAGUGCGACAGCAUGUGCGUGCUCUUCACGUGGACUUACCUUGAGAGAUUGUGGUGUGUGUAUGAGUUGGCCUGCGUCUUGAUUCACAAGCCUCCUCACAAAGUCUACUUGCAGACCGAGCUCUUCGUGAAGGAAGAGACGUUGCCCCUUUACGUGGAAGCCGUUAGAGGCUUUUCACUGGCCAACACCAAGUGCUGCAAGGAGGAAGACCGCAAAGUACUUGAAGCAAAGAUUGAAGAAGAGUACGUCUCCACGAAACAUUUCGAGCAGCUCGUGCAGGCGACCGCCAUAGCGUUGAUGGCCCGAAGCAUGGCCUUCCGAGCUGGGCGGUCACCUGCCCUGUAUGCGACCUUUUUCCAUCCGUGGGCAAAGUUAGCACGGGACAUUGGAAUGGCAGAGCUAGCUGACGCCCUCGAGUGCUGCAGGUGCAUCGAGUGGCGCAGGGCCACUUCUUUGAACUCCAGUGCAUCGGGCUCAGUAAAGCGAGCGCCGACGCAGAAGAGCUCCUACAGCAAAAGCUCCUACGGCAAAGUGACUGGCACCGACGCUAGUGUCCGCUCGGCCGGAGCUACAUCAGAUACAAGGGAUUUGUUGAUGACUUCACCCAGAUCAGACGUCCAACCGCCCUUAGCGCUGGAGGACACCAGUCCAAGUCGAGCUGACCAAAUGGGGAACAGCAUGGGAGUCAACUCGAUCCAGUAUCAGCAAAUUGUCGCGGAUUGGUUUGAGUUGGACGUGGCUCCAAUUUUGGCAACUUUGCAAGAGGAAAGCACCAAGUGAGAGCCUUUGUAGCAUAGGAUUGCCUCGAGACUCAGAGAAUUUGCUCUUUGUUGGCUGCUCGAAUCAAGCACAUUGUUGACUUGACUUGAGACGGCCUGCUAUGCCAGUAUUGCCUCAGACAUAGAUUGGCUCUAUGCAUGUGUUUCCAAAGGAAACGCCAAGACAUGACACAGACAUUGCAUGCAGCCUGCGUAGCUGGUAC